UUGACAAGUUUCCCUUUGCGACCAUGGCGGUAGGAGUGAGUAGUUAGUUGACACAUCGGUAGAAAGUUGCAGCUCCCUCUGCGCGUGUUUCAGGUACACUUGGCACCUGGCGCUUUGGCAAAUGUAGGGACGUGAUAGGUGUCCGAUUUUUUCCCCUUCCGAGCGAUUCGACAGCCAGUCAGACUACACAGAAAAGACAGACACAAGAGUAAAGAUGAAUAGCCUAUCCUUUGACGAUCCCUCGUUGGAUAAUCUGGAUCCAACACUGUCGCUGAAUGACCCCAGCGAUAUUGACACGGCCCUGUUAAGCGACAUUGAUGAUAUGCUACAGCUCAUCAACAACCAGGACAUGGAGUUUGGAGGACUUUUUGAUAACCCUCCAUACACAGGGCCCCCACCCACCCAAGAGCUUCCGGGUUUGACCCAGUCCAUUGUUUCAGCUGCCCCUCCAACCACCACUACCACACCUCCAUCUUCAUCUUCCUCUUCCAUCCUAAGCAGUAGCCCCCACCUGGAUGCCCUCCUGGGCCCUCCCAUCACCCGUAGCUCCUCCACCCCAGACAAGGCCUUCCAGCCUCCGACUUUCCAGCAGUCCCCUCUGGCCCAGGUACCCAACUCCACCCCGCGGCAGCAGCAGCAGCAGCAGCAGCCAGCCUCCCCACAGGUGGCUCAGACACUCAGACAGCCACAGGUGGAACUGCCCCAACCCAUUCUCAGCCCAUCUGCCCCAGCACAGGCGGCUUCACCUCACGGAUCACCAGGACCGAGCCCAGUGUUCAGCUCCACGCCCCAGGCUCUCUUCACCUCGCCUACACCCCAGACUCCACUUCAGCCCCAGCCCCAGACCCAGCCCCAGACCCAGACCCAGACCCAGCCCCAACAAGCCCGGACCAACUACAGCAGCCAGAACAGCUACACAGCUGGCAGCACCGGAAGCGUGAGCCAACCUGCCACCACUUUGUCAUCCUCACCUCCAUGUGUUCAGCCAGUGACCAUCCAGACUCAGAUCCAAGGGCUGACGACCACCUCGUCUCUGAUCGCCACGUCAGCAAGCCCGCCCGCUCAAACCAUCGCACCCCACGUACAGCAAGUACCUGUGUUGCUGCAGCCUCAGUUCAUCAAGGCUGAGUCUCUGCUGCUGACCACUCUGAAGCAUGACCCCUGCAUGGUCACUACUGUGGCUUCUCCCACAUCCCUGGCCACCACCACCCCAGUGCAGAGCACUUCACUGCAGGCCUUUAUGGGCGGUGGCACCAUCCUGACCACGGUGCCAGUCAUGGUGGAUGCUGAAAAGCUGCCAAUCAACCGCAUCGCCAUCAGCGGUAAGCCGGCCGGCCAGCCCCACAAGGGGGAGAAACGCACCGCUCACAACGCCAUCGAGAAGCGCUACCGCUCCUCCAUCAAUGACAAAAUUGUGGAGCUCAAAGACCUGGUGGCUGGUACUGAGGCCAAGCUCAACAAGUCUGCAGUGCUGAGAAAGGCCAUUGACUACAUUCGUUACCUGCAGCAGGCUAACCAGAAACUCAAACAGGAGAACAUGGCUCUUAAAAUGGCAGCCCAGAAAAACAAGUCUCUCAAGGACCUGGUUGCCAUGGAGGUAGAUGGACAGUCUGAUGUGAAGAGCGAGCUGCCCACCCCACCAGCUUCUGACGUGGGCUCCCCGACGCCUUUCUCACACUGUGGCAGUGACUCAGAGCCUGACAGCCCGAUGGUGGAAGACACCAAGCCCAGUGUGGGUGUGUUGGACAGAUCGACAGCAGGCAGCAGCGCUGGCGGCAUGUUAGACCGAUCCCGCAUGGCGCUGUGUGCCUUCACCUUCCUUUUCCUCUCCGUCAACCCUCUGGCCGCUCUGCUGUGUUCAUCCGGCAGCAGCUUAGCCGCAGACACCACCACCCAUCACGCAGGCAGGAGCGUUCUGGGUGUGGAUAUUGCAGCGGACUCAUGGGGCUGGAUGGACUGGAUGCUACCAACUAUACUUGUGUGGUUACUGAAUGGUAUUCUGGUGUCUGGAGUUCUGAUCCGUCUGCUGGUGUAUGGAGAACCUGUAACCAGACCACACUCUGGAUCCUCUGUUUUGUUCUGGAGGCACCGCAAGCAGGCUGACCUGGACCUAGCUAGAGGGGAUUUUGCCCAGGCCAGUCAGAACCUGUGGACCUGUCUAAAGGCUCUUGGUCGUCCCUUACCCACCUCCCAGUUGGACCUGGCCUGUGCUGCAUUGUGGUCUCUGCUAAGAUUCUGCCUCCAGCGCCUCUGGGUGGGCCGCUGGCUGGCUGCCAGAGCUGGAGGGCUGCGAUCUGACCGCCCCCUGCAGGAGGAUGCAUGCAAAAGCAGCCGUGACGCUGCCCUCGUUUACCACCGCCUGCACCAGCUUCAUAUGACAGGUAAAUUGAAUGGUAGCCACCUGUCAGCAGUGCACAUGGCUUUAAGUGCAGUGAACCUGGCAGAGUGUUCUGGCUCCUGUCUGCCUGUAGCCACUCUGGCUGAGGUCUAUGUCUCCGCAGCUCUACGGGUCAAAGCCAGCCUGCCAAGGAUCCUGCAUUUCACCUCUCGUGUGUUCCUGAGCAGUGCCCGGCAGGCAUGCCUGUCGUCCAGUGGCAGUGUGCCUCCAGCCAUGCAGUGGCUCUGUCACCCACUAGGCCACCGCUUCUUUGUGGAUGGGGAUUGGGCUAUUCGCAGCACUCCCAAAGAAAGCAUCUAUAGCCAGGCUGGCAAUACCGUGGAUCCUCUGGCCCAGGUGACUCAGGCAUUCAGAGAGCACCUCUUGGAGAAGGCGCUGUACUGUGUGGCCCAGCCUCAUGGAGAGAAAAGUCCCAGCCAGGGCGAGGGGGAGUAUGCUGAUGCCCUGGAGUACCUCCAGCUGUUGAUCAGCGCAUCAGAUGCGGCCGGCGCCACAUCCCAGUCCUUUGCAAUCGGUUCCAACAUGGCUACUGUGACUGGCUGCGACCCCCACUCCAAGUGGUGGUCCUCCGUUGCCGUGGUUAUCAUCAACUGGCUCCAAGGAGAUGACGCUGCCGCGGAGAGACUGUAUCCGACUGUUGAGCACCUGCCCCGCAGUCUGCAGAACGCAGAGAGUCUUCUGCCCAAGGCGUGUCUGAACACAUUCAGGGCAGUACGGGCUCUGCUGUCCAAGCCAGAAAACUGCCAGCUGAGUCUGAGCUACAGCGACAAGGCCAGCGCCCUGCUCCGAGACAGCCUUAACCUAGGACCACACUGCCACAGCUCCAGUUUAGACAAGGUCAUCCAGUUACUCUUAUGUGAUCUUCUCUUGGUGAUGAGGACCAAUGUGUGGCGUCUGCAACAACAAGGGGCCGGUCCUGCAGGGUCAGGGUUGGCAGGUACCAGCGGCCCCGCAGGGGUCCACCAGGCCUCCCCACCAGAGCUCCAAGGCUUUCAGCAAGAUCUCAGCUCUUUACGCAAGCUGGCACACAGCUUCAGACCUGCAAUGCGAAGAUUGUUCCUCCAUGAAGCAACAGCCAGGCUGAUGGCAGGGGCCAGUCCCACCCGCACACAUCAGCUCCUGGAUCGCUCGCUGCGACGCAGAGCAACGCCCGGAGCCAAGACAGAGGAGUGUGAGACGCGGCCAGGCCAGCGGGAGCAGGCGGAGGCUGUGAUGCUGGCAUGCCGCUACCUUCCUCCCUCCUUUCUGUCGGCUCCUGGCCAAAGGGUGGGCAUGCUGGCGGACGCAGCCCGCACCCUGGAGAAGCUGGGAGACAAGAGGACCCUCCACGACUGCCAGCAAAUGAUCAUCAAGCUGGGCAGCGGCACCACUGUCACCAACAGCUAGAGGAGGAGGGGAAAGGGCUCAGAGACAUGCAUGGACACUGUAUAUAGGUAGAUCUCUGACAUAUAAAAACACACAGAUACACACCCAUACAGUCUCUGGCAUUUUGGCGUGCAGCUAUUGAACAGAUUUAUUAAACUAUACAGAUUCAUAUCAACCUUGACAGGAUUUUCUUCAUGGACUGUCCCUCCCACCACCCCAGCCCCACAUCAGAAGGCACUUAUAAAGUUCACACUGCUACAGAUUAUUAUCUGAAUAUACGAAGCAUUUUUCUCCCUUACGGCGCUAAAGCCCCCAGUGAGAUUGAAUUGCAGUGCCACAGUUUGACCACAGAGAGGAGCCAUCACAUCCGCCUGGUGGAUGUUGUCUGGAUGGUGUGUGUAUGUAUACGUGUGUGUGUGUGUGUAUGUAUGUGUGUGUGUUUGUGUGUAUGUGUGUGAAGCAUGAAAGAGAUAUUUGCUCUGCAUUUACUCAGUAUAGUCCCACCCCCAGUCUUUUCAACAUAUAGAUGCACCUUCUACAGGCAGGAGUGCUCAGUGGGUUGGAGUGGCGGGCUGCUCUGAUUGGCUGCAGAGCGAGGUGUCUCUUGUGCGUGGGAGGAAAACGACCAAACUCGGAAUUGGUCCGACCGUGGGCUUGUUCAGUGGGAAACCACUCCGCAGGUUGUUCAAAUAGUGUUGAAGUUGCUUUGAAUCAUGUUUCACUGGUGAUGAUCUGAAAAGAGGUCGCCCACUGUACAAGCUCCGUGUCUCUAUCUGCACUAGCCUUGCGAGGCUGAUUUCAAUGAUAAGUAAUAAUAUGGCUUUAUGAGGUUAUUUUCAUAGAGGUCCUUUUUUUGUUUUGCUGUGUAUAUAUUUUAAAAUGUAUUUAUAAUCUGUAUGAACUUUGAUUAAGCAGUAUUUUACAUAAGCAGAGUGAAAAUUGCUUAUUUUCUUCCCUGAGUUUUAUUUGGUAGCUUUUGACCAGGUCCAAAUAAUGUAAACACUGUACUGUAUUGCCAUGGUGAUGAGUGUCAAAAUGGAGACAGAAUCAAGUCAUCAAGGUGACAGUUGGGUCACAUCGUCUGACUCAGUUGACCUUUUGCACUGUUGCGCACGUAUGCAACUAUGAUAUCAAAAGAAGUUGGCAGCGUCCAAUUCUGGCACGGCCAACCAACAACUCAAUCUGUAUCGUUAACCUUUGGCACUUUUGCAACAAGUUACAUAAGUCGAGCAGGAAGUUUCAGAGUAAUUGACCGUUUUUCUUUUUUUCCAAAGAGGGCCUGUAGUGAUUCUUUUCCUGGUUUUCUUUUGUAGCUCCAUCAUAAAGAGCAAUACUUGUUCUUUCAGUCAUUAUAGUUUCAUGCUCCUAGAGAAACACUGUUAAUUAAUUUUUAGAGAACUGUAAAAAGGAAAAAAAAAACAACAGCAAAAACUUUGUCAUGUGUUUUUUUGUCCCAGGACCAGUAUGUUUUUAUAGCGUGUCACUAAUGUGAAAGACUGAAAGACUUCGGUUUGAGAUGAAUGAAAUGCAACCAUGUCUAAAGGUAUUGUUCAUGUGUCCUUUAGCUAACAUCUUUUCAUCUCUUCAUCUCUUCCUUGUUCUUUGGUUUCAUCCUUUUCUGAUGUAAAUAUUAAAACAUUUUGUAAAGAAGA